UACCACUGAUAUUGUUAUAAACAUUGGACAAUUAUCCUCCCCCAUCAUCAAACACGUUCUUAAUGUCUUUUAAAAAAUCCGAUACCGAAUGGCGCAGUCCACCUUACAGAAUUCAUAGUUUACCCACCUCUUAUUUUACCACUACAGCCCUGGGGAAACAUGGUUUAUGUUCUUCACGAAACAGGUGGCAUUACCCAGCGGCGGUCACAUAUCAUGCCAAUACCUUAUUGAUCUCCGAAUGAAAUGCACAUGCAUCGCCAGGUAGGCUACUGCGCAGGUCCUGCCUAUACCUGCGGAUUCAACACAACAUAAGAAUAGUUAUGUUUACCAGACGCCCUGAAGGGACGAAGCCUAUUUCGCUUUAAGAACAACGAAGUUGAAAGUGUAGAUCUCAUAGCAUCGUUUGAUAAUUUUUGUAUUUGAUGAUCAUUUACACACAUUAGGCCUAGUGACUUCAAAAGCUGAUAAAGCUAUGGAGCUGGAUAAUUUGAAAAGAGAGUUAAAAGAAAAGGAUAAAGUUAUACACGACAAAGACGUGGCGUUGCAAGUCAUAGCACAUGAACUUUCCGAAACUAAGAAGGCACUCCUGGCAAAAACGCGUGAGGUGCAGGAGCUCGAAAUGCUUAUCAGUAACAGCAAGAAGGAAGACCCGAGACAGUCCUCUGCUGACCCGGAUUCUAUUUCUAACCAUCCUGCCAGAAAAACACGCAGUAUGGGGAUACCACCUUGGAUGGGGGGAGAAAGCCCCAGUGAGGCCAGUUCGGCAUCUCCUGUUGUGCCUGAGCUGAGGCUGGUGCUGCUGGGGAAGAGAGCAGAGGCCAAACGGGCCGUAGCGGAGGCCAUACUGGGCAGAGACAUGGUUGUCAUGCCGGUCAGCACCCCCACGCAAGCCCAGUGCAGUGUGAGCAGACAGGGAGAGGUUGUGGGGAGGAAGGUGACGGUGGUGGACACUCCUGACUGGUUCAGCCCUGCAUUUUCUGAGAAGCUGAGACAGGAUGUGCGACUGUGCAUGAAGCUGUCCAACCCUGGGCCCCAUGUUUUCCUCCUCGUCAUUCGUGUGGACACGCUUGAAGGAGAGGAGAGAAAUAUCCCAGAUAAAAUGGAGGACAUUUUUGGCGAGACUUGCUGGGAACAUACAGUGAUCCUCUUUACAAGUACAGACAGAAUGAGAGAAACAAGCGUGGAGGAGCUGAUCCAGAGAGGGAACCUGGAGCUCCUGGUUGAGAGAUCUGAGAACAAGUAUCACCUCCUUGACUCCAAAGCAUGUGGGGCAAUUGAAUCUCUACUGAGGAAGAUCGAAGCAGUGGUGACUCGGAACCCUGAUGGGUUUUAUAGCAGUCAAAUGUACCUUGAGGCUGAGGAACUGUUUAGAGAGCUACAACAGAAGAAAGAGGAGAGGGAAGAGAGGAGAAAAAUAGUAGAAAAAGAGAAGGCACAACAGCUCGAUAAAACUUUGCAGGACUCUUUAAGGAAGGUAGAGGAAGAAAUCAGAGGACAUGAAGGUGAAAUUCGAGCUCUCCGUGAAAGUAUGUCAGCUCUGGAGAGAAAGAUAGAAGAAGAACAGGAUGAGAGGAAGAUUAGAGAGCUAGAAGGAGAACUGAAGAGGGAGGCUGAUCAGAGGGAACAACUGGAGAAAAAAAUGAGUGAGCUGAAAGAGAACAGUGAAAAAGAAAGAAAGGAAAUGGAAGCAAAAUACAAAAUGGAGAUCGAGGAGCUCAGAGAGACACACAAAAGGGAGGUCAAGGUUGAAAAAGACAAACAGCUAAUGAAGAUAGCCCUUCAUGGAUUUCGCAAGUGGACUAGCUUGAGAAAACCCAUAAUGGAAAAACACUUGAUUUCUGACAGGCAGCAAUUACCCAUGAAGAAAGAUGUCAUAGAAGGAGAGAGAGAAAGGCUCCAAAAACAGAUUGAAAAAAUGUGUAUGGAUAUAACCAAUCUAAGUCAGGCUCUCAUGAAGGUUCGCAAUUCAGCAGAGAUACAUGUCAAGACAGAGGAAUAGAAGCAGUAAUAAAGUGCUUGUCCUGCCUUAAUGGCUCUUGCUAGCUGCUCUUUCUAUCUUACAGCUGCAGAAUUACUUAUUACUUAUUUGACUGUUGGUUAAUCACAUAUGAAACUCCAGCCAUGCAGCAUGCAUUUUGCUGUGUGUGUGUGUGUGUGUGUGUGCUUGCCCACAGUCGCAUGUCUGACCUUUUCAUUAUUAGAACAUUUUAAUUCUUACUGUUUCACCAUAUUCUAGCAUUGGAAUUUCUAUUUGAUAGACUUUAAAAUUAGCCUGGGAAUACCGAUAUGAACUUUUGGCAAAUUUGGGAUUUGCUCUGCCCAUUUCCAAUGUCCCUAAAACAAGGGGCAUGCAAAUACAAUCGCUAA